CAAAAGGGAAAAAAAGAGAGAGUAACAUUUCCAAAUAUAGACGAAAAUUAGCAAAAAUGUUAAAACUUUAGAUCCGCCGACGGUACCCAUUUCUAACGAGAGGGUCCCGGUCCCGAUGGUUCACUGGCCACCCUCACUCAGAUCGCCGUUGUCGUUGUCUUCUUCUUCUCAAUUCCCUUCAAUUCCACACUCAUCCAUUUCAACACUCCUUUAAAGCUCUUGAGGUUUCUUCCCAAAUUCUCAGGAAGUCGAUGAUGGAAUCCAGGGUGUCGAGAACCAGACAGAAGAAGGCCGAUCUUCACUCUAUCCUAAGAAAAUCAUGGUACCAUUUACGUCUCUCUGUGCGCCAUCCCUCCAGAGUUCCUACUUGGGACGCAAUUGUUCUCACCGCUGCUAGCCCUGAGCAAGCUCAGCUUUACGAGUGGCAGCUCAAUCGGGCGAAGCGUAUUGGUCGAAUUGCUCACUCGACUAUUACUCUCGCUGUGCCCGAUCCUGAUGGCCAGCGGAUUGGCUCUGGAGCCGCUACUCUCAAUGCCAUUUACGCCCUUGCUAAGCAUUAUCAUAACCUCGGCCUGGUUCAUAGUACUGAGGUGGAUUCUAUAGGCAAUGGAUGUGGUGAGUCUGAUCUGCUGCUGCCUAACUUGUCAAACAAUAACAAUGGAGUUUCUCUCUCACAGCUUGCUAGCUUCACAUCUAAAAAACAUAUCCUAUUGCUUCAUGCUGGUGGCGACUCUAAAAGAGUUCCAUGGGCAAAUCCCAUGGGGAAGGUGUUCUUGCCACUACCGUAUCUAGCAGCAGAUGACCCUGAUGGGCCGGUUCCUUUGCUUUUUGAUCACAUUCUCGCCAUUGCUUCAUGUGCCAGACAGGCGUUUAAAAAUGAAGUCACUGCAGGAGGAAUACUUACAAUGACUGGUGAUGUUUUACCUUGCUUUGAUGCAUCCGCUUUGAUUCUUCCAGAGGAAGACUCUUGCAUAAUAACUGUUCCUAUCACCCUUGAUAUUGCUUCCAACCACGGUGUUAUUGUGGCAUCUAAAAAUGAGACAGCUGGCAGAGGUUACACUCUAAGUCUGGUUGAUAAUCUCUUGCAGAAACCUAGUGUUGAGGAACUCACCAAGAAUGAUGCAGUUCUAAGUGAUGGUAGAACGCUACUUGACACUGGAAUAAUAGCAGUUAGAGGUAAAGGAUGGGCCGAGCUAGUUUUGCUUGCAUGUUCAUGCCAACCUAUGAUUUCAGAUCUUCUAAAGUGUGGGAAGGAGAUUAGCUUAUAUGAAGAUCUGGUAGCAGCUUGGGUACCUGCCAAACACGAGUGGUUGCAGCCACGUCCUUUUGGUGAAGAAGUGAUUCGUAGGUUGGGAAGGCAGAAGAUGUUUAGCUAUUGCGCUUAUGAUUUAUUGUUCUUACAUUUUGGUACCUCGAGUGAAGUUUUGGAUCACCUAAGUGGGGAUGAGUCGGAACUUAUUGGACGAAGACACUUAUGUUCUAUCCCGGCUACGACUUCAUCUGACAUUGCAGCAUCUGUUGUUAUCCUUUCCAGUAGAAUUGGGCCUGGAGUAUCUGUUGGAGAAGACUCCCUUAUUUAUGAUUCCUCCAUUUCUGUUGGAGUACAGAUUGGUUCCCAAUGUAUAGUUGUUAGUGUUAACAUCUCAGAAACUAACAACCAGUUACCAGGAGGUGCGUUUAGGUUCAUGCUUCCAGAUCGCCAUUGUCUUUGGGAAGUUCCAUUAGUUGGUUAUACUGAAAGAGUCAUAGUAUAUUGUGGACUUCAUGAUAACCCAAAAAUUUCAGUCUCUAACGGUGGGACAUUUUGUGGGAAGCCUUGGAAGAAGGUUUUGCAAGAUUUGAGUAUUGAAGAAAGUGAUCUGUGGCCUACAGCUCGAACUCAGGAGAAGUGCUUGUGGAAUGCAAGAAUAUUCCCGGUUCUUUCCUAUUCUGAGAUGCUUACUUAUGCUAUGUGGCUGAUUGGAUUGAGUGAUGCAAAAACGGAGCAUUUGCUUCCAUCGUGGAAAAGUUCUCAUCGAGUUAGCUUGGAGGAAUUGCACAAGUCUAUCAAUUUUCUUAAAAUGUGUACCGGAUCAAGGAAUCACCAAGCAGAACUGGCUGCUGGAAUUGCUAAAGCUUGUAUCAACUUUGGCAUGCUUGGACGUAAUUUAUCCCAACUAUGUGAAGAAAUAAAGCAGAAAGAAGUUUUGGGAUUAGAAACUUGCAAGGAUUUUCUAGACAUGUGCCCCAAACUUCACGACCAGAGCAUUAAAGUUGUUCCAAAGAGCCGAGUGUACCAGGUGCACGUUGAUCUUCUAAGAGCAUGCAGUGAGGAGACAGCAGCAUUUGAGUUGGAACGAGAAGUUUGGGCUGCUGUUGCUGAUGAAACUGCUUCGGCAGUAAGAUAUGACUUUAAAGAUCUCUUGGACCAGCCUGACAAAGAUAAACUGGGACACAGUAAUAAUCAUUCUGACAAUGGAAUAGACCAAUUAAUUCACCAUAAAAGGGUAACUGUUAAUUUACCUGUACGUGUGGAUUUUGUUGGUGGUUGGAGUGACACUCCUCCAUGGAGCUUAGAGCGUCCUGGUUGCGUGUUGAACAUGGCAAUUAAUUUGGAAGGUUCUCUUCCUGUUGGGACCUGUAUAGAAACAACGAAAACUUCUGGAGUUUUGUUCAGUGAUGAUGCUGGUAACGAGUUACAUAUUGAAGACCUUAACUCGAUUACCACUCCAUUUGAUAGUGAUGAUCCAUUUCGGCUUGUCAAAUCUGCGUUGCUCGUGACUGGCAUUAUUCACGAUCAUAUUCUAACUGUUGUUGGUUUGCAAAUCAAAACUUGGGCGAAUGUGCCUCGUGGUAGUGGUCUGGGAACUUCCAGCAUCUUAGCUGCCGCUGUGGUAAAAGGUCUUCUUCAGAUAACUGAUGGAGAUGAAAGCAAUGAAAAUGUUGCAAGACUUGUAUUAGUACUGGAGCAGCUUAUGGGGACUGGUGGUGGCUGGCAGGACCAAAUUGGAGGUUUAUACCCUGGCAUCAAGUUUACCACAAGUUUCCCUGGAAUCCCACUACGUCUUCAAGUUAUCCCCUUGUUACCAUCACCUCAAUUGGUCUCAGAGUUGCAGAACCGAUUGCUUGUAGUAUUUACUGGUCAGGUUCGACUUGCACAUCAAGUUCUUCACAAGGUGGUGACACGAUAUCUGAGACGCGAUAACCUUCUCAUAUCCAGCAUAAAACGUUUAGCCACCCUAGCAAAGAUCGGGAGAGAAGCACUCAUGAACUGUGAUGUCGAUGAGUUGGGGGAGAUAAUGGUGGAAACUUGGCGAUUGCAUCAGGAACUAGAUCCUUUCUGCAGCAAUGAGUUUGUCGAUAAGCUCUUUGCAUUUGCGGAUCCCUACUGUUGUGGCUACAAACUAGUGGGUGCUGGUGGCGGGGGCUUUGCUUUAUUACUAGCUAAAAGUUCAGUCUUAGCCAUGGAAUUGAGAAACAAGCUCGAAAAUGAUAAAAAUUUCGAAGUAAAAGUCUACGAUUGGAACAUAUCUUUAUAGAGCUAGUUAUGUAGAGACAUCAUAAGGUUGCAUUUUACAAAAUUGCCAGUUUAUUAUUCUUAUUCAUAUUCAACUGCUCCCAUGUUGAUCAUGUUUGGGAAAUACAGAGAACAACAAAUUGCUGCUUGAUGUGUGUUAUUGGAUUUAAGCCCCCAAUGAAAAAUUCUUGGUAGAAGUUCUUUUCUUUCUUCGUUGGUGCUAAUUUUUUUUCUUUAUUGCAAAAAUUGAUAUAAAGCUGUUACACUUGGGGCUAACUAGGUGGUUACGCUGUCCGGGAUUCGCUUCCGAGUUUAAUCUCCAGGAAGCUUCGCUGGGCUCUACGUGAUAAAAAGAGAAUACCUAAGGGUAGAAGGGGGAAUGUGGAAGGAUGUUUUUUUGUGAGAGAGGGAAAAAAGAGGGGACGUGAAAGGGAGAAUAUGAAGUUGGAAGAGAGAUGGAAACAUAGGACUAGAAGAGUUUUUUAUGAGAGAGAGAGAGAGCAGAGAGAGGUCAUUGGUGGGAAAAGGGGGGAAUAUGAAAGGUUGGUGCUUUUAUGAGGGGGAAAAUGCGGCGUUGGAACUUGGUUUGGGACCGACCAGCCAACCAGACCACACCCUUUCGUUUAUUAUGCUUGGUUUAUUUGUGUAUAAAAUGAUCAUAAAUAUAAUGCAGUCGGGUGUUUGGUACGGUGACUGUUGGGUGCUAGUGAGUUGCAUUACUGACAGUAAGUGGCCAUUGGAAGAAGUAGAGCCAGAUAGGCGGAGGGUGCAGAUGGGUAUCUGGAGUAAUCGAGUGGACAAAUGCAAGAUCAAGCCAGGUGCCCACAUUUACAGCUACAGAGCUGCCUAUGCUUACUCCCAUCACGGGUGAGAGCUGGCACUUGCACCAUUGCAAAAUCUGACUCAUCUAAUAUGGUUCUGCACCGAGCAAUGUAUCUUCUUCUAAAUGGAUUUGGAAAGUAUGAUAUGUGUCUAAACAACUGUGAGGAUUUUGCAAAACAAGUCUUCUGAUAAAUAUUGAAGCUUUCUUAUGGCCAUGGUUUCAUUCCUUCCCUAGGGUGAGAGCUGGCACUUGCACCAUUGCAAAAUCUGACUCAUCUAAUAUGGUUCUGCACCGAGCAAUGUAUCUUCUUCUAAAUGGAUUUGGAAAGUAUGAUAUGUGUCUAAACAACUGUGAGGAUUUUGCAAAACAAGUCUUCUGAUAAAUAUUGAAGCUGGAACGAGUGGUCAAGUUUCCUCUGUUGGUGCAGCUGUUGCUUCAUCCUCCUUUGCUGCGGUUUCCAAGUUUUUAAUGCCAGGUCUUGGGGCUGUGGCUGUGGCUGUGGCUGCAGGGACGGGAAUGUACCAUCUGGGUCGGUAUUCUUCCGAGAUUGGUGUCCGACCUGAUGUGAUUAAGGUGGAAGUUGAGGUCUUGCUCCCCAUCAAAAAGAAGUUUCGAAGAACUCUUGGGUCCAGCAGAUGUAAUCAAAGAUAAUGUACAGAAAGGCAGUGAAGGGGGUAAAUUGCAUGCUUUUCUACCUAUGGAUUAAAGUUUUGGAGACAAAAAUUAGUAAUUGGAAUAGUGGGAAUCAAGGCUGAUAUUACAAUUUCAAAAAGAAUUUGAGUAUUUUUAAGACAA